UCCGUUACACGUUUGUGGAGCUAGCUGCUAGUUUUAGUGAAAUAUGUUAGGCUGCUGAUGGCGGUUUUUAAAGGUGGUUGGGCUGAUUAGGUACUAGACGUAUUCCAAAGUACAGCAACUAGUAGCCAACCCUUGGCCUAUGUAUUGUCACUGGCUCUACGUGAUUCUCGACACGUAAACAUAUCACAGGUAAAUUAUGUCUGGGAUGAAGGCGGACGGAAUUGGUUAAUACACAUUUUGCCGUUUGAAUAUUGGAGGUUGUGUGUGCAUUUUAUCAUUGUGUACAUCAUCUGCCGGAUAUUGGUAACUUAUCAUACAGUGACAAUGUAACUCCUGCCGGUGUGAAAAUUCUACCUGUCCCAGUUAUUGCCCUGUAUAAUGUAGAUGGCGGAAUGUAUCUAUGUUCAGGAACGGCGGAACGUUGUAAAAUAUGGCAGUGGUGUGUGUAAGGUGGGGGGUAGUGGCUGAUGCAGUGGAAGCAGUAUCCGUUAAUAUGCCGUUAAUAUGCUCCCCCUCCCCCCGGUUAACUGUUGUAUUAGUCCCUGUUAACUAUUAUAUUAGAUUCUAAGUAUAGUCAGUCGUUCAAAAACUGAAAAUUUUAACGUUCAAAAGGUCAAAGAAAUUUUAAGAGUAUAGAAUUUAUCAUAAUGUUAAAUUAAGGAUAUUUUGCGUGAAUGUUUAAACUCUGCAAGUGUUUUUGUUUAGUUAGUGUUAGUUUUUUGCGCGGAAUUUGUGUGUAACACGUCGGUUUAACCGUCGUUGUCAACUGCACCAAUGUGAGAUCGAUGUUCAACCGUCGAUUGUUAAUUGAACAUUAGAAAGGAAUUGUAAGGGUCUACCGUUCAAGAGAAACGCCUGACUCUAGUACAGCUAUGAAUUGGCAAGGCCUACAUCAAACACAGCUUUGCGAAUAUUUGCUCCCCUCUCAAACUGAAUCCCACUAUAUUGCGUUAUUUUGGAUUAAUCCGAGGAAACUACGCUAUGUAGCGUUAAACAUGUAAUGGUUUUUGAUUUAUGCUACCGGUAUAAAUAUUUGAUAAUAAUUAAAUAUUAGUAUUACUUAAUAUAAUAAACUCUGUCAAAAAAGAAACCCAACCCCUGUCCUCGGAUAUCAAAAAUUCGUUCGAAUAAAGUUAAAAUAAAGAUAAAACUAAAUUUUAGCCAAAUGUAAUGAAAUUAUACACGUUUUUAAUGAAGAUUACCAUCCAAACAACUGCCUUUUCUCUCCUAAGUGUAUUUUAUUGCUUAUGACGUCACAACGCAUGGACUGACCCUGUUGACGUCGCACACAGUACCAUUCAGAUGCAAAUCAUGUCAAUGGCAGUUAUAGUGUGGGGGUGUAUAAAAGUCUAUGUGCUUUCGUAUUUUAUUCAUUCAUUCGUCGACGAUAGGCAGUCGGUAAAAUGCCGCGACUGAGUGCUGCCGACCGAAAUAUCGCCAUUGGUCGUCUUCAAGCCGGGGAAAGUUUUGGUACUAUUGCACGACACCUAAAUGUUCACAAAACAACGAUAUCCCGACUUUGGAGCCGUUACAACAACUUUAAAGGCCAAGAAUCACGACCCCACUUCAAGAUCGGUACAACCGGGUCCUUCACCUGCGUAAUCGGCAUGCCCUACCAACCGUGACUGCCACACAUAUACCAGGUUUGAGGAGAGUGUCGGCUCAAACGAUUAGGAACCGUCUGAAAGAAGCGGGUUUACGUGCCUGUAGACCAGUUGUUGGACCUGUACUACGCCCCUUACAUCGACGCCUACGACUCAGGUGGUGCAACAACGUAAGGAUAUGGACUUUACAAAACUGGAGGCGCAUCUGGUUUUCUGAUGAGUCCCGUUUUCUUUUGACACGUCAGGACGGAAGGCAGCUUGUGUAUAGGAGACGUCAUGAACGCUUUGCGCCCAUCUGCGUCCGGCAGGUGGACAGAUUUGGCGGAGGCAGUGCUAUGGUUUGGGGAGCCAUCUCGUACAGCCAGAAAUCAGAAUUGGUGAUCGUUCCAGGGAACCUGACAGCCCAACGUUACAUCAACCACGUGUUACAGCCUCACCUUCUCCCGAUUAUUGACCGACAGACACAGCUUUUUUCAACAGGACAACGCCAGGCCUCAUACUGCACGUGCAACAAUGAACUUUCUGCAGGAUUCCAACAUCAGUGUCUUGCCGUGGCCCUCUAAAUCACCAGACCUCAACCCUAUUGAACACCUGUGGGAUACUCUGGAUCGACACGUGCGUCAACGUCAGCCACCGCCACAGACGCUUCAACAGCUCGCCAUUGCGUUACAGGAGGAGUGGAGGGCCAUUCCCCAGGAGAAAAUCCGGCGUCUUAUCCGUUCUUGUCCAAGGAGAUGCCGUGCAGUGAUUGCAGCUCGUGGUGGUCAUACGAGAUACUGAGGAAGACGCCCCCUGGUUCUCUUUACGGUCUGGAUCAUGGGCUCGUUUGGGGGUCACGCCUUACCCGGUAGCUUCUUCAUUGUAUAUGCAUUUUUCUUAACUACCUGCGCCUACGUCAAGUUUCUACAAAGCUCAAAGGGAGACACGCGCUUCAAAUCUUUUGCUUCAUUCUACUUUCCUUACGGCAAACUUCAGCGUUUUCCAUUGGAAGGUUUGCUCAAAGUUUUGCUGACGACAAUUGCUUUGAGCAUAGAGAUAUAUACAGGAUUCAACAAUGGGAAGUUUGUUGCCAUGGGAAAUGCUCAACAUGCCACUAUGUUUGCGUAUUUCGGUUUCAAUGGUGUAAUUGAUUUGUUACAACAUUUCAAGGCCCCCCUUCCACGUGACACUGAGUAUGUAACUCUUGCUAUGGCAUUCAUGGUCGAAGGACUUCUUUUCAAAUUCCAUCUUCAUGGCCGCUCUCAACUGGACGUUCUCGUUCAUACACUGCUGUUGUAUGUGGUGUACGCUUGUAUCAUCUCGGUGAUUGUAGAGAUGAAAUAUCGACAUUCUAUCUUGUCCCCUCUGGCUCGGGCAUACUUUUCGCUUAUUCAGGGCACCUGGUUUUGGCAAGUUGGUUUUAUUCUUUACAACCCAUCGCCAAAUGCAGUACCAUGGAAGGCCGACGACCACGGGGAAUUAACACUGGUAACCUUACUCUUUGCAUGGCACGCGCUGGCUGACUUCAUUAUCCUACUGGUGACGACCGUAACCAUCCAUGUCUGCUGUCGUCGGAGAAAUGGAAUCGCAGAAAACGAUGUUGGCUUAAAAAGGUUGUUGCAUUCAGGAAGCAAUGGUCAAGCAGUUGUCUGCGUACAGUCCGACAGUGAUAGUGACCUGGAAUUUGAGCAACCGGCCGUGGGGGUAAACAGAUAAAAGGCAAACUGUUGCAUGCAUACCUUUAAUGUUUACGUGUUAUUUCGUUCACUUAUGAGAUGGCACGUCGAUUAAUAUAGGCAUGACAACAAUUUUAUUUUUGAAACCGAAGUGAAUUACUUUCUCUCACUCAGCAGUAUAGCAGAAUUGCAGUGAGUAACCACUGUUACAUGUUUCCAAAGACCAAUUGUUCGAGCGCAUGUAUCGGGUUCGCUUAAACUCUUGAUUUAUUUGAUUUAUUUUCUUGGUGUUUUACGCCCUACUCGAAAAUAUUCCUAAACGCUUGCUUACUUUAGAGUUUUAAGUUAUAUUUGAUGUAAUAUGCUGAGAUUGUUUUGUCCUUCCAUAUAGUAUACUUUUAUGUGAAUAGUUUCCAUGAUGUUGCUAUGUACACUGUAGAUUUGAGCAAAAAUCUUGUGUGUUUGUUAGUAAUAGAUGUGCACAACUAUAGAUGUGCCUAAUUACAUUUAGGAAGAAUGUGGUAGGUUCAUAGAAUCAGAAUGCAUAAACUGAUUCAUUUAUAUGAUUGUAUUAUUUAUUUAUUUAUUUGAUUGGUGUUUUACGCCGUACUCAAGAAUAUUUCACUUAUACGACGGCGUCCAGCAAUAUGGUGGGUGGAAACCGGGCAGAGCCCGGGGGAAACCCACGACCAUCCGCAGCUGACAAACCUUCCCACGUAUGGCCGGAGAGGAAGCCAGCAUGAGCUGGACGUGAACUCACAGCGACCGCAUUGGUGAGAGACACCUGGGUGAUUACGCUGCGCUAGCGCCUCAAGUAGCCAAAUUUUUGACAGGUAUUUAUUGUUAUAUUGUACAACACAAGAACUAGAGAUGAUAUAUUUAUGUUUUGGCUCAAAAGAUGUGAUUUGAAAGAUUUUGAUUUAAACCCCAACAGCCGUUACAUUUCUACAUUGUUUUCACAGUGUGCACACAACUUAGAAAUGGCGCUUGCCCCAUUCUUGUUCGUCGAUUUUCGUCGAUGAGCUACUGCUUGAAAAUCACAUUAUUUAUUGGAUAUAUUGCUGUGGGGCUCUUGUAUAUGGUGGCGUGGUAGCCCUGAAACCAUAGGACGUCCUUCUCCGUCCAUGGGUUGUAUGCAAGGUGUCCAAUCUUAUGAAAGGACGCUGGACACAGCAAUAAGAUAUCUAUGCAUAUAUAUAAUCUGUCCAGAAAUCUGUUUGCGUAUCAGUUAUAUACUGCUGUUGACGUACAUGAAAGAGAAUUUUAGAAAGCUAUUUACAGUGUAAGAAUACAUUUACUAAUUUUAAAUUAUUAAGUAGAUUGAUUGUUAUCGAUUAUACGGUAAUCAUUAUUGCACUUGAGAUUUUAUAUUUUUAGGUAUGUAUUUAUAUAUUUUAUAGUUACCAAUAAUCGUAUGCCCUAAUAUAUGAUUCACCUGUGAUUUCGCUACUGAAAUUCUAUAAUUCUGUCAAAGUGGGAUUUUAUGUUCGUUAAUACUUUGAACUGUCAUAGUAUAUCUUUUGGAUGAAAUAGCUCAAAUGCGGAUGAGGAAUCCAAUAAUAAGUCAGAUAUUCCCGGAAUAAAUCUUGAUCUUGAUCUGAUAAAGCGGCUUUAGUGCUUGCUGUAUCAUAUACAGCAAGGUGUACUGUCUGUAUACAAGGCUGUUAGCUGUUUGUUCCUGUACACAGUUUACUGCUCCUAUACACAGUCAAUUACUUUUGUACACAAAGUUGCGUGUUCUUGUAUACAAAUUAAAGCUGCUUAUUCUUUUAUUUAGCAGAAGCUAUAUUUGCUCAAUUAUCAUAUAUGCCAUUUUUCAAAUACAUGGCUUUUGGCUGCCUCUUUUGCGUUCUUUGUGUUGUUGGUUGUUUGAAAGAGACAAAAACAUAAAAUGAUGCCAAAAUCAGAUGAAAGAACGCGAAAACUUAUUUACGAAUAUGGCCAUAAUCUUUUUUUUUUUUAGGAUUUUUUCUUUCAGGAUAAAAGGGUGUUUGAAAAUAUUUUUGUAUGGUGGGUUUUAGGGACCAUCUCUUCGUAUAUGUCGUCAUAAAAUAAUAAUGUUCUAAAUAAAGAUGUGAUGCCUGUCUAAAUAUUUAUUUAAAUGCAAAUGUGCUGUUUAUGUCCAAACACAUGAGUUCAGUGUAAAUUAUGAUAAUAUUAAUGAAUAUAUUAAAAAUGUAAAUAUGGUCAAAAUCCAGGUUGCACACAUUUGUUAAUUGAAAAGACCGAAUAUCUAGUUAAGAUAUAUCCAUUAAAAUAUGUUAUAUAUAUCUUCACGUAAAACAUUAUUACUCAAAGACUAUUAUAGCAAAAGGUGGUCCUAAACACCCACCGUACAAGAAAUAUUUUCAAGUAUGUUUUCCCUCUUUAGCAAAAAAUCGAAAAAGACAUUGAAGACCACAUUUACAACUAACUUGUCACACUCUUUCAUCUGAACUUUAUGUAAUUUUUAUGUUUUCUCCACAUAUAAAGUCAUGUUAUCUGAUGUGACUGUUCGAUGAUGUUGAACUUGAUUGACACUUUACAUAUUUUUGGCAGCUGUGAAGUUGAGUGCUCAAUUUUUUUUGUAGAGAAAUGCUUCUGAUAUAGGUGUAACGCCGUACCCAAGAAUAUAUCAGCUAUACCAUUGAUAUAUAGUAUUCUGAACUUGGAGAACAUGUAUGAUAUAUUUUUAUUUUAUGGAAAAAACACGUAUAUUUACAAAAAGUCGGUUUUGUUAUCAUUUAAAAAUCCCAAUAUUUCUUUAUGGCUGUCAUCACUAUUAGUUGAAACAUCUGGCAAUUAUUGCAAUUGUUGCAGUAAAGAGGAAUUUUCUCUUCGUUUCUUCAGAAUAGCUGAAAUGUCCUUGUAUCAUAGUAUUUAUUUAAAUCAACACAUUCCUCCACUAACAUUAAACAUACGGGUACAUUCAGAAACAGCUGCGAUACUCUUCAAACGCCUGACACAAUUGCUGUACUGUUCACACGUUUGACACAAUUGCUAUACUCUUCACACACGUGACACGAUGGCUAUACUCUGCACGUGGCACAAUUGCUAUACUCUUCACACACGUGACACGAUGGCUAUAAUCUGCGUGUGGCACAAUUGCUAUACUCUUCACACACGUGACACGAUGGCUAUAAUCUGCGUGUGGCACAAUUGCUAUACUCUUCACACACGUGGUAUGAUUGCUGUACUCUUCAUGCGUGUGGUACAAUUGCUAUACUCUUCACGCGUGUGGCACAUCUAUAUUCUUCGCAUGUGUGAUUCAAGUGCUAUACUCUUCAAAUGUGUGGUUUAGUUGUGAUAGUCUUCAUACCUGCGGCACAAUGCUAUGCUCCUCACACGUGGCACAAAAAUUGCUAUACUCUUCAUGCGUGUGGUACGAUUGCUAUACCUUUCACACGUGCGGCACAAUGUUAUACUCUUCAAAUGUGGUUCAGUUGCUGUACUCUUCAUACGUGCUGCACAAUGCUAUGCUCUUCACAAGUGUGACACAAAAUUGCUAUAAUCUUCACCCUUGUGGUACAAUUGGUAUACACUUAACACGUAUGGUUCAAUUGCUAUACUCCUCACAUGUGUGACACAAUGCAAUACUUUUCAGACGUUUGAAACAAUUGAUACACUCUUCACACACGUGGCACAGUGGCUAUACUCUCCAUACGUGUGACACAAUUGUUAUAUUAUUCACACUUGACACAAUAGCUAUGCUCUUCAGAUUUGUGGUUCAUUUCACUCAUUACACGGUGGAAAUCCGUCCUGCAACAAGGAGGCAUAUUACAUGCGUUCUAAGGAUUCCUUCGUCGUCAUAUGACUGAAAAAUUGUCAAGUACGACGUUAAACCCCAAGCACUCACUCACUCACUACAUAUACUUGAAAUGCUUGAAUGGGGCGAUGUAGGCCUGAUGUACAGGCACAUAAACAGCAGCGUGUAUAUUUCAAAACUUUUAUUUAGGCAAGCAGAACUAAGCCUGGGUAAAUAGCCAUUAUGAGGUAAGCACAUUUUAUGAGUCUAUUGGCGAGAAUCGGCUGAGAGUCAUGAAAAAUGUUGACAAUUUUCCGGAAGUAGUUUCACCCAAGUACUCAGUCAUAGUGCGUUUAAUUGAAUAGACCGUGUGUAUUGGUCAAAUAGGUCUCUUAGCUUCCUUUCGUGACGGCUUCUUCACCGUUUUGUUAGGAUUUGGUUGUAAUGAUCAUACACUGAAUUAAUAAUAAUUGUUUAAUUAUGUUUGGA